GUUCCCCAACCCAGCUAACUGUCUUGGUCUUCAGAGUUUAAACUCAUCAGAUCUGACUAAAAAUCAGACCAUCACCACUUCUGCUGCAACUGAGUUCUGGGAGCGUCGUGUGUUGGGAAUGUCUGGAGGCAUUGAGGAACUAGGCAGUGUUCGAUGGGAGCUAGCUCUGUGUCUUCUGAUCAGCUGGGUGUUCUGCUACUUCAGUAUUUGGAAAGGUGUCAGAUCUUCUGGAAAGGUAGCAUAUUUCACAGCCACGUUCCCCUACGUGAUGCUCCUGAUACUUCUCAUCAGGGGCCUGACUCUUCCUGGAGCUGGGGAAGGAAUCUACUUCUACCUGUAUCCAGAAUUAGAGCACCUAGCUAACCUGGAGGUGACCAGUUUGAUAUUAACUUUAAUUACUCAGAUAUAACUACAGACGAGCACCAUUUAAACUGUGAUUGAAGUUUAUCUUUAUAUUAUUUUGCUUUUAGGGGCUUUUAUGAUAUGUGUUCAGUUU